AUGGACGUGGACGAGGAACUCAAGUGUCCCGUUUGUUUAGACCUAUUUCAACAUCCUAUAAUAUUACCAUGUUCCCACGUUUUAUGCCGGCGGCCAUGCGCUGAUAAUAUAUUCGAUUAUAAUUUUAUUCGAUGUCCCGUGUGUCGGGAUAGCUGUUAUGUGAGCGGUGGUAUCAACAGUUUACCUAGAGUUAUUGCCCUUGAAAACAUAAUCGAGAAAGUACGUGCAGAAAGAGAACGUGAAGUUAUAGCCACUUGUGAUGCAAGUAUUGAAACAGAAGACAAUUAUUUUUGUCAACUUUGUGAUAAACCACCUCGUCGCGCCAAGAAAUCAUGUUUGGAUUGUAAUUUAUUGUUUUGUAUCCCAUGUUUCCGGGAAUCUCACCCAAACAAGACGCCGUUUAAUACUCACAAAAUAAUAGAACCUAAGAACGAUUUGGAGCCGGAGACACUGUGUCCAGAACAUGGCGAACAGUUAAGUUUAUAUUGUAUGACGUGUCGAAGAUUAUUUUGUUUGGCUUGUGAAGAGAACGACAACCAUAAAGAUCACAAUAUUGCCUCUCUGUUAGAAGCAUGCACAGUUCUUAAGGUAAGGAAUUGUGUCUGUGCUUCUGGUAGAAAUACUGUAUAA